GAGAACGACGCGGCAUCCCAGUCAGCCGAAUCACCGGCGUCAUCCCAUCACCUUAUCACAUGGGCGGUAUCUACGGAAAAGGGAUAUCGGAACACGUUCGGGGGCAACCGCCUGUCCAUUCAUCCCGAAAUGGAAGAUGUACAUUGGCCUGUACACGGGACGACCCCACCAGCAAAGCAGUCGCCUCCUUCGACGCCGAAUGGGGACCGUUCUUCGUCCAGACGCGCGGGAGAGAUCUUGGCCGAUGGAAGUCAAUUGUUUGUCCUCGCCGAUGGACAUGGAGGCGUCGAGGCUCCUCGAUUCUUUGUCGCAGGGGCUGUAGAAAGUGUGGGUGCUAUAUGGAACGAGCGGUCAUGGGACUUAGAGGACAUGGACCAGCGGGGCGAGUUUCGUGCCCAGGUACACCAGGCGUUCAAGGUGCUUGACGCGACAUACGCGUCGCAGAAAGUGGAGGAAUACCGUCGCUGGAUGGAUGCGCGAAAGGAUACGAACGGUGGGGAUGACGCAGACUUGCCUUCCAAGGCUGGUAAGCCCGUCGAUGAUGGCUGCACGCUGGUCGUCAACAUCAUCACGAAGGGAUGGGUUAUCAACAUCAACGUCGGCGACUCGCGAACGGUUGUUGGAAUGAAAGCGGAUGCCGAUCACGGAAGCACAUGGGAUCCCGUGUUUGAAUCUUCUGAUCAUAACAUGACGCACCCGGCGAAGAUUCAUCACAUUCAAAGAACCGGCGGACAAUUCAUCUAUCCGUACGGCACCCUACGCACAAUUGAACUCUGCGCUGCCGAUGGGAAGCCCAUCACUGCGGAAACGAAGAUACCCACUACACCGUACACACAAUUAGAAGGCAUGCGUAUCUACAGGCCGCCAAGCGCUCAGAUCCGGGCCGUCGGGGUGUCGCAUCGCCGGACUCUGAACCUCAGCGCGACGAUGGGAGACUUGCUGUUCAAGGUUGAACCGGCAGUCCUAUCGUGUGUUCCUGACGUGGAGUUUGUGAAGCUGCGUAGCGAUCGCCCUUACAUUCUCGUUGCUGCCACGGACGGCGUGUGGGAUCACAUGCGGGUUCAG